UGGGCCGGGCUUGGCCCCGGCGGGACCGCGUUCAAACCUCAGCCCCGAGCCUGGCCCAUGGAGGCUGUACUGGGGCAGGUGGAGCAGCUGCCGGCGCUCCUGGCCGUGUCCCGCUCCGCCUUGGUGCGGGACUGGGACUCCCUGACGCUGGACAGGGCUCUAGAGUGGGCCCGGUAUUUCCAGCACCUCCAUGAGCGGUUCCGUGCCCGUCCCCAGCUCCGGGAGGCUCUCUCCCGGCGGCUGCGCCGCUCUCAGCCGUGCCCUCUGCUCGGCUUCCCCGCGCUGGGCCGCUGCCCGCAACUGCUGGGGCUGGCGCUGCUGGAGAACCGCGCUCUGCCGCCCGCCGCCUGUCGCCGCCUGCUCCGCAGCCUCCUGCAGCCUCCCGGCGCCGGGCCUGGCUCCGAUCCCCGCGGCCUGCCGCUGCUGGCCCGCCGCAAGGCCGCUGCCCGCCUGCUGGCCGUGCCCCGCCGUGUCCCCGGGCCGGAGCCGCAGCUACAGGCGGAGGCGCGGCUGCUGCUGAGCCGGCUGCGGCAGGAGGAGCAGCAGGACGGGGAGGCCGCGGGGCAGCUGCGGUGGCGGAGCGGGGUUCAGGAGGAGCAGCGGGCCGGGGAGGCCGCGGGGCAGCAGCGCCGGCUGAGCGGGGUUCAGGAGGAGCAGCGGGCCGGGGAGGCCGCGGGGCAGCUGCGCUGGCUGAGCGGGGCUCUGGAGCUGCUGCCCCAGCCCCGCGCCUUCGGGGUGGUGGCGGCGGCGCUGGCUCUGCUCAAGCAGGGGCCUGGCGCUGAGCAGGUCGGAGAUGGGGAUCGGGAUGGGAGCAGCAGCCCAGAGGGGUACCAGGAGAGUGCUGCAGGAGAUGGAUGCACCGCCGGGCUCCUGCUUUCCUGGCUGCUGGGCAACCAGGAACGAUUUUCUGCAUUCUGCCUUGGCCUCCCAGGUUCCCAUCUUGCCUUCCUGGCUGGUCACUAUCCCCAGUUAAGCAGAUCUUACUUGGACCUCUUAACCGGCUGGGGAAGACACUUGCACUAUGACCCUUUGCAGGGACGGUGGGUUAAAAGUUGCCUUGACAAAGCUGAAUUGUCCUGGGAGGAAUUAAGAGAGCGCUUCAUCUGCCUCUGUCAGAGAUCCAGACUGCUCAAAGAACAGACCCAAGCUGCUCUGGAGCUCCUGAGGACACAGGAUGGAGACUUCAAAGUCCGUGGCCUAAGUGUGUGGGGUGACUUACUGAUGGAAGUGGGCUACAAAUGUGUGAACACAAAAGCAACAUGAAAACUUGCAAUAUCAACUGAAUGUGGUUAUCUUUAUUUGAUGUGAAAGGCAAGACAACUACUGCUCACUUCGUUGAAAACCAAAUGUUAUGUGACUGCUGAUGGCAAUGAUUCUGAGUGCAUCUGGUUCUGAAAUCUUUCAGGGAGGCCUGGUGUUUUCUUGUGAUUGUGCUGUCAUUCCUGGUCAACACAGAAAAUUUCUUCCUUUUCAAUACUUGCUGAUUAUUUAUCUAAUAAAAUGAAGAGAACCUGUUUGCUUCAAAUAUGGAGUAGUUUUCCUUUUAGAAAAUACGACAAUUCUGAUAUGGUCACAGUAGUAAUGUGUCUAAAUGUUGGAGGCUGAGCAAAAGUUCAAAGGGAAGGUGGAGUUUCAAAUGUGAAAGACACAAAUUCAGGGUUCCUUUAGUAGUGAUUGUCUUCAUUGGGCUGUCUGCUCUGGUGGCCACUCAAUGUCAAUGUUUCUAUAGCUUUGCACAUGACUUAGCCCCAGGGUCAGUGAAGGAAGUGAGUGGAAGCCAACUGGAAAGCUUUUUGUAAAGUUCUAAAAUGAAGGUCUUUAUUAGUUGCUAUAUUAUUUGGUAAUAUCCAGGUAUUUCCUAAGAAAAGUGAGGUGAAAUAUAGGAUGUUCUGUGUGGUUUUCUUCCCAUUUUGAUAGUUUAUUACAUGAUUCAUUGCUUUGUGAAGCAGAAAAGUGAGUGAACAGCAAACUUUUUUAUUACAUGUAUAUAUAAUAUGUAUUAUAUAUACACACCACUAUGUCUAUAUAUUUAUACAAAAUAUUAUAUAAUUGUAUAUGUAAAAUAUGUGAGAUAUAUAGUAUAUAUAAUAUUUCUCCCCUUUGUCAUUUUAUGUCUUAUCUGUUUCUGUUGGAAAGUUUUGAACAGGGUUGUCUCUACCUUUCCACUUCCAUUAAAAUGAGAACUGUAAUGCACAA